GGGAACCGCUAAUUUAUGAUUUCUCUCUAAAUUGGCAUUUACUUGAGAAUAAUGUAUUACGAAAGCGUUUGCCAGACAUAUUGAUCGUUAUGGUGUUGAGACUUGAGUAAUUGCAAAAAUAAAAGCUUUGAUUAGCUUCUAAUUGGGUGACCAUAUUAAAACAAGUAAACAACAGAUGUGUUUGUCUUCACCACUUAGUGACUUUGAAGUGGAAUACGUGGUACCGCUGAUGUUGUAAUGUUGCUCGCCGAUGUCUUAGUUUGUUUUCUCUCAUUAUUUAUUGGUGUUCCUGCUAACGACACAAAAUCUUGUGCUGUUUCAGGGUUCACUUCAUUACUCAAGUGCUCCUCAUGUUCAGAGUUGAAGAAGUUCAAAUUAGAAAAGCUUGAAACAUCUUGUUUUCAGUGUUGUGAAGAUGAAAAUGUAUCUGGAACUUCUAAGAAAUAUGCUUUUGCAGAACUAGUAACUUGCUCGUGAUCCUUAGAACGCUAUCCUCAAGUGCUUGCAUUCAUUGACAGCAAGGAUCGGAAGAGUAUGACUAAUCUAAAAGUGGUAUACGAAAGAGGUCAUAGACCUACAAUUCGCAUGCUCAACGAGAAAAGACAAGUGCAAGAAGAGAUUCCUAUCGACACUUGGGAUAGCGACACAAUAAUAGAGUUUGUUAAUGAACGCAUCACUAAUCAAUAAAGUUGUCAACAGCUUUUCAUGCGCACUCUUGACUUGUAUGAUGAUACAUGAACUAAAUCUCUUAUAGGAGAUGUUCUGUAUUUGAUGUUUAGUCCAGAGUGCUAUUGAUUAGUAUGUGUUUGUUUAUACUGUUUCUUCACUUUCUUUUAAACCCUUUCUAUUGUUUGUUCUCAAACUUGGUUCAGUAGAUCAUUUUUGUGUCAUGCGCCUGUAUAAAGUAUUAUUCCCAAAAUUGCAGCGUAUUUCGUAAUCUGUUGUGUUUCCUCGACUUGUUCUAAUAAACAUAAAUAUCUGUAUACUUCUUAAUGAUUUCGGAUAUAUUAGUACUACUAUAUCCACUAAAACUCAGUAAAGUUAUUAUUGGGUUUUUUGUUGUCUCGAUUUCUAGUUACCCUUCACGCACUUGAAUUUCGUAAGCUGCCACUGCUGUUUUCCAAUAUCGCACCAUAAAUGAGUAUAGUAAGAUUGUUGUUUGACUGACUAAUUGUAUGGUACGGGGUUGGUUUAGCUAACGUAACUGGUCAUCGAACAACGAGUUCACAGCUCUUGUUCUUAUCAUCCUCGAACUAAUUUGGUUGAUUUGGUAGAAUAUAAUGAUUAGAAGUAUUCGAAUUGAAGUGCUAACUAGGAAUUCCAGAAGUAGCGUAAUUCAAGCCACAUGGAACUGGAUCAGAACGAACGAACGUAUUGUAUUUGGAAUUCUUAAUAAGCGGGGAAUCAAGUACAAAAGAGUCUUUAGUUCGUAAAAAUACCACAUAGAACCUAAAUGAAUGAAUAUUCCAGCCAAUGUACUUCUAAUGAGUGGUCAUGAUAUGCAAGCCCGACCAUCAUUUCAAGGCAUCAGGCACUACCGGGUACCAUUUCUAUGUCCCUGGUAUAUUUCUUUUAUUGGAAGUUCACUUUUUGGUCAGUAUUCUACUAAUAAUUAAGAGAUCGCCGUAGAAUAACAGUGUGAUGGAUAGCAGGGAUAAUACUAACAACAAUUAUGAUCUGGGGUAGGCGUAAUUGGGAUUUUGGUGCAUGAGCACACUACAUAAUUCUUAAAACACAAAUGAUAUGCGAUAAGUUAAACAUUUAAUCAAGAGUAUCCAUCUUUUAGACCCUUUAACUGAAGCCAGGGAAUAUGUUGUUGGAAGUAAUGUUCUGAGUGUGUCUAUUUAUUAAGUGCGAUUAAAUAUAUGAGUCUAGUCAUGAACUGUAAAUAUAUGCAGAAUUAAUUAAAGAGGCUGCAAAAACAUAUGAAUAGUUUUCACAUUAAGGGUAAACCAUUGUACCUUAUAAGAAAACAAGCAACAUGUAACUAAAUCUGUGAAUAAAAUAAUUAUUGUGUAUGCUAUAACUAAUCGUACCCCCAGAUGCCCUGGUACGGCCGAGAGUGGGGAGAGUCCGCUCUCCCUCUGGAAAUGCUCUCACAUGGCCACGCGUAUAUAGCCUCUGCCAGGGAAGUCCUACUCACUGCCUUCUCGUGGCGAGGGUGUUGUUUACGAAAAUGAGAGGACGAAAAGCGAAUGUACGGCGCUUUAACCAGAUUCCAAACUAAUGUUGCACAUGGGCUCCAGUAUCCUGCCGUAACAAAUGGCGUACAAACCAAUUUUUGGUCACCGGCUACCAUGGGACUGCAUCUCCUUACGAUGCUCCACUGCCUUGUGGAUCAGACCUUCAGGUCGAAGGCUCGGGGUGUGGCCCUCUAAGGAAACCACCUGCUUCGGUUUGGGCACCCGGGCAGUAUCACAGCCCUCAGACAUAUCGAGUGAGAUUUGUGUGGCGCAGUUGUAUUUGCUGCCUCUUUGUACCAAUAUCUAUGUUUUAUAAUAAAUAAUAACUAAUCGUAUUUCUAGUUUUAAACACUCAUUUCAAUGAGGUCGUAGAAACAUAUUUACUUUCCUGAUAUGUAAUAGAAGGGAAAUAUAAAAGCUGAUAACUCCAGGUAUUCAGUCUAAUUAUUUUCCAAGUCAUCUGGAAAUCUGUGUAUCCGUUUUUGCUAGAAUUCCUGACUUCAAAACUUUUACCAAUAACAAUAAUGCUACUUAGUAACAUUAGUAGUCUCAAACAUUUUACAUCAAUAAGUCAACUUUAGUGGUCAUAUUAGUUUGUAAAGGACACAUCAUCAGGGUAAUAUUUGAAAGCUGAUUAAAACUGUAUUCAUAUAUUCUUGUUAAAAUUCGAUUUAUAGGAAAAGCCUAAAAAUUCUUGAGAUUCAGUUGCCACUGAUAACUAUGAAAUUACGUUAUCUUAGAUAUCUCUCAUUGACGGAUCCAAAACCAAGCUUGAAAUUUUUAUGUAAGAUUUACAAGACUUAAAUUUAAUCUUGGAAUAAUGUCAAUGUACUCUUUAGGAAUUUGUCAAAUCCACUUAUUUAUCUAUUGAAUACUCUAUUACAGCAUUGGUAUACGGGAGAUUAUAGUAUAUUUUCAAUGUUUAGAUUUUGUGUAACUGUUCAAGUUAAGACGCUGAAAAGUAUUGAUCAACUGCUAUAUAUAUAUAUAGUGUAUUAACAAUUUUUCGAAUGUUAUUUAAAGUGGCUGCGAAAGGUGCGACCUUCGUAAAAUAGUUCUUUGUUUUUUCUAUUUUGCUUUGUUUUAAAUGAGAUCUGUAUUUUUGUGUUUAAUUUGGUUGUUAUUUUAUUAGCAGUUAUAUUUAUAAAUAGUUUUUAUUGAGUAUAGUGUUUAUCUUUUGGGAAAACGAACUAUCCUAAGAAUGUCACUUUUCAUUUACAUCGUUCGAAGAGAUCUAAUCUAAUUCCAUCUUUUUAUAAUAAAUUUGUCCACUAAGUUUACUUGGUGGAUUUCUUUCUUAAAUAGUGAGUGAAAUAUUUGUUUAAACUAAUGAAUAUUUAUUUCGUUUUGAGUAAAUUUAUAAUCUGAUGAAAUAUACAAUUAUCAGCCUAAAAAUUAUCUUCUUUAUAUACAACAAGUAUGCUUCAUUUUCCAAUCUAGUAUUUGAGAUAAAUAUUAGCAGGAAAGCAAUAUAAAAAUUAGAAUUCACUUCCAGCUUACCAAACUUAGUUGUAAAGAUUGUUCUUUGAUUGUAUUUGUUCCAAGGUGACUGUCAAAUCAUAUUCUUGGAUUUCGAAUUUAUUUCUCGGUUAUCUACAUACUGUGAUUCUAACUAAUUAGUUACAAGUUUCUAAUCCCAAUAUUUAAAAAAUAAGAUCAUAUUAGAAAUUGCUAUACAUUGAGUAUAACUCUCAGCUAGUAUUUAUUUUUAGGUUUACAAAUUGUUAAACUCAUAGACGAAGUACGAUCACCACCAAAAACAGCAUUAAUUUAGUGAUUUUUAUAUAUUUGAAAAUUCCCAUUUUGCCAUUUGGUAAAUAAAGAAGGAACGAAUUGAGCGAAGAAAUUUCUUUUCAAUUAGUUUUCAUCAUGGCUCUACACUAAUAUAUAUACGUUUUACAAUAAUAAUAUAAUACUCAUCGAGUGGAUACGUUACGUAAUAAUUACAUAAUGACAUUUAAAUUAACAUUAAUUAAUUGGAAGAAAGAGGAUUAAUAAUAUUCAAAGUGAUCAAGAAGUUGCUAAGUUGCGUAAUGUAAGAAACAAAGAAGGAACAGAAUUUUAACGGAUGGUCAAUAGGAUGGUAGUUACGUAAGAAUCAAGAGAUGAAUGUUGAGAAGUUAUUAAGUUCAAAAGCAAUAG